AAAAAAAAAAAAAAAAAUCAUUAGACAUCCAAAUCACUUUCAAACAACGAUCCAUUAAUUUUCAUUCCGGCUUUCUUUCUUCUUCUUCUUCUUCUUCCUCUUCACCCCUUUAUAUAUCCCGAAAAUCCUCUCUCUCCUCUCUCAUCACUCUUAAUUCUUCCAUUGUUCUCCAACUAACUGCUGUUAGAGAGAGAAACUCAGAAGAGAGAGAAACUCAAAGAUUCGAUCGUCUUCUUCGCUCGGAUUCUUCCGCCAUGGGUUGCAUUUCUUCGCGCGACAAAACUACUGGUGCUGAUAGCGCUAAGAAGAUUAGAAAGCCAAAGCCAUGGAAGCAUACUGAAGCAAUUACUAGGGAACAACUGAAUAGGAUGCGUGAGGAAUUCUGGGACACAGCACCUCACUAUGGUGGCAGACAAGAAAUCUGGGAUGCACUCCGUGCUGCUGUGGAAGCUGAACUGAGUAUGGCACAAGCAAUUGUUGACAGUGCUGGAGUAAUUGUGCAAAAUCCUGACCUGACUGUUUGCUAUGAUGAGAGAGGUGCAAAGUAUGAACUGCCUAAAUAUGUUGUGAGCGAACCAACCAACUUGAUCCGUGACAAUAAUUCUUGAGAACUGGAAGUUAAACCAAAACUGACAAGGUUGUAAAUCAUGUAAAUCAAUACUAUAGUGGUUCUUUCAUGUAGUCUAGCAGGAAUAUCUCUACAAUUUUUUCUGCCAUAUAUCCUAUCGGAAAUGGGCUCAUUGACUCAACUCAGCUACUGAGGGUUGAUUAUAUAGAUUCUUCUGGAGAAA